AUGCCCGAACCCCGCUUCUCCGAUCUGAUCCUCCCUCAAAAUGAACAACUCUCCAUGUCCCAACUCAUGGCGUCUUUCAAACGCACCACACUUACAAUCCACAACCGUCUGACUAGCAUCCAAACCGACGCUGGCUUUGUGGAUGCGGUGUCUCAAGCAUAUAGCCCCCGACCCCUUGUGGCUAAUGAACGUUGUGGAAGUUGGUAUAUUCCGCCUGAGCGUAAAGGUGCAAGUGCGUAUUUUAAGAGUACAGAUGGCCAUGAGAGGGCGUGGAAGUUUAGCACCAGGCGGUUGAACUUGCAUUUGGUUGAGCUUAUUGAGAAUAACGAUGGUAUCAUAGUCGUCGACUCUACUCGCCGUGGAAAGAGGAUGCCUGAUGCCCUUUCAUCGACAAUUCCUAUCUGGUGCACAGUCCUCAACCUCACUCUUCUCCCCUCAAACCCAUCCUCAGCAAAUCUCUAUCUGCCAGCUCAUCUCCCCGCAACAACACACUCCCAAAUAUGUGCACUCAUCCCUGAAUUCGUUGCUUCCUUCAAGGCACUCAAUCUCAAUCUUCCAACAUGUCUGACAAAACCACUCCGCCCAUUCUGGGUAACCCCAGACUCAUCUCUUCCCUCUGUCCAAGACACAUCUUCCAUAUUUGAUGACUUCCGCCCUGUCAUCUGCUGCACGGCUAGUCGCCGAGUUAUAGGCAGCGAGAUGGAUGAGGGAGGAUACAUACAAGGUGCAGCUGAUGAUACUGAGAUGUGGGCGCAUGAUCUUACCGCGCCUUUGUUUUGGGAGAAUAUUGAUGAGCUUCUCAAGACGCCAGAGGCUGAACUGCCAGAUCUGAUCUCCAGACUAGUCAGCGACCAUGCUUCUAGCAAGAAGGACGAAGGAACACAGAUAGAGCUGACACCCCAGCUUUCAGUUUGCCCUUUACCACUUCACGCCAAUCCCUCAGAAUGUCGAAUUGCAGUAACUCAAGACACCACAGCAAAGGAUAACUGGAUAAAGUCCAAGACUUACAUGGAAGCCGGCCUUGGCAAGAACAAGCAGGCUAGUCGCAGCCUUCGCACUUCUCUACCUGAAAUAUGCGACUUUGCUGCUAAAUAUCUUGCCUCGGCCACAGAGCCUGAUCAGCAACGAAUUGUGGUCGCAUGCGAAUCAGGGCGAGAUCUAUCAGUGGGCGUGGCCCUCGCGAUAUCAUGCUACCUAUUUGACGAUGACGGUAAGAUCAGAAAAUCAACAGAAGACAUAUCAUUUACAAAGACUUUCAUAAAGUCGAGAUUGGGUGUCGUCAUGACAGCUUACCCAGGUGCCAACCCCAGCCGGGCCACUCUACAGAGUGUCAAUAGCUUUUUAAUGGACUGGCGAAAAUGA